AGUUCAGACGCAGUUCGUCGCCGUUCGGUCGCUGUCGCUGCUCCCUCGCCUUCCAUGGCGGAGAUCCACGUGUGCCACGCUGGUACGUGCCGGGCACGCGGCGCCGAGGCGGUGCUCGCAGAGAUCGAGGAGCUUGUCAGCGAGGUCGGCGGACGCUGCAAAGUCCGGCAGUCGGGAUGCCUCGGCUAUUGCAACGAGGCGCCGAACGCCAUCAUCCUGGAGCGCGGCGCGCGGCGCCUCGACCCGAACAACGUCUUCACGCGCAUUCGCACCCUCGACGCCAGCGCCAAGGUCGUCGAGCGAGCGACCGGCAAGCGGCCUCCUCUCGAGGGCGCCGGCACCUCGGAGCGGCUCGCGAGCCUGCGCGCGGCACGGGCGAGGCAGCACGCCAUCUCGGUCUCAAAGUGGAACACUGCGCUCCACGGCCUCGCGGAGCAGGCGGCUGUCAAGCCGGCCCUCCGCUCUGAGCUCUCCACGCUGCUCCGCAAGGCUGGCUUCCCGGAGGGCGUGCGUGCGGACAGGGCGGGCCAGGCGAUGCCGUCGGCCAUCGCAAACUACUCGCAAUGGUCGCUAGAGAGCGUGACGCCCGUGACGAGGCACUCCGCGCUCUUCGCCUUCUCCUCCUCCGACCUCAAGCGAGGCACACCCCACCCGCGCGGCCGCGGACGCAUGGCCGAGCCGGUCACAUGGCACACCACGCUGCUCGCCGAGGUUGGGCCGAACGCGGAGGGGCCUCUGCCGUGGGUGGAGCGGGACUACACGCCCGUCAGCAGCGCGAAAGAGUGGGAGCAGGGCCGUUGCGAGAUGCUCAUCAAGGUUUAUGCGGACGGGGCGGCCACCUCGCUCUCGCGGCCCGAGAGGACGCUGCGAGUCCCAGGGCUCGUGUCGGAGGGGCGCGCGUUCCGGCCGUCGAGCGUGCUGCUGCUGCUCGCGGGCACGGGCGCGGGCCUCCCGAAUGCGCGCGUGGUGCGCGCGCGGCUGAGCGCGCCGCUGGUGGCGGAGGCGUGGGCGCAGAUGGCCCAGCCGUGCCGCGUGGUCGUGUCGGGCCCGGGCGGGUUCAACACCGCCGCGCGCGCGAUGCUGGCGGAGGCGGGCGUCGACGUCGAGGCGCACGUGACCGUCCUCUCGGCGUGA